CAGCAACCAGUGAUUCCUCUAAAGAGCGGACACAUGGAGGCCGUUCCAUGUCCCCUUUGACUCCGAGACAUGAGCAAGCAAGCCAAGAACACGGUGAUCACAUUUUGAAAGACGGACAGCCUUACACUCAUGGCCCGAGUACAUCAACAUCCAGCCAGCAGUUGAGUGGCUUUAUGAUGCAGGUACUGAAGUCGCUACACAUCAUGAGACAAACCCAACAACACCAAUCUGAGCAGCUGAUGAUGAUCACCGACAUGUUACACCAUGUGGAUGGGCCACCUGCUGAACCUCUAAGCUUUGCACAGUUCGAGACCCUACAGGAAUUCCUUGCCUUUGAGAAAGAGUUGACUGCAUGCGAACAAAAAAGGGUCCAACUGAAGCAGCAGAUGCAAGUAAUUGGGGGUGAUGAUGCGAAAGAUAAAACUGCCCGAAUUCUUCGCAAAAUGCUUUGCCACGAAGUGGGGGCAGCCUUCACAUGGUAUGGGACCAAGACAAAGGGAAAGUUCUCCAGUCUAGAGUUCUGCAAGGUGAUGUGUGCUUGCAUUACAGCGAGCAAGCCGAAGGAGGUGGCUGUUGGUACCCUGAAGGAAGUUGAAGCCACUACAAUGUCAUGGCUGCGCCAUGCCCAGGAGAGGCUUCAAAAGCAUUGCAAUAAGUAA